ACCAUUCAUCGCGCGCAGCGUACGAGGGGCUGAUUCUCUUCUCCUUGAGUAACGGAAGCGGCUUCGUCUUCGGCGGCGCCUGCUUCGCGCUCAAUUUUUGUUUCUUCUUUCCUCGCCUUUGGCUUCCCGUCGCCGGGCAAGGCGCGAUCCCAAGUCUCAGGCGCUUGACGUCGUGCCUGGAACUUUGUUACCAUGAAACUCGUGAGGUUUCUUAUGAAACUAAGUCAUGAAACUGUAACAAUUGAACUGAAGAAUGGAACUCAAGUUCAUGGAACUAUCACAGGAGUGGAUGUCAGUAUGAAUACACACCUUAAAGCUGUAAAGAUGACUCUGAAGAACAGAGAACCUGUCCAAUUGGAGACCUUGAGUAUUCGAGGCAACAAUAUUAGGUAUUUCAUUCUGCCGGACAGUUUGCCCCUGGAUACCCUCCUGGUGGAUGUUGAACCAAAAGUAAAAUCCAAGAAAAGGGAGGCAGUUGCAGGAAGAGGACGCGGCAGAGGGCGUGGCAGAGGCAGAGGACGUGGCAGGGGAAGAGGCGGUCCAAGGCGAUAAUGUCUUUAUAGCUGCUUUAAAAAAAAGUCAGGCAACUUCAGCUACUUUUUUGUACAGCUUUUGUUUAAUGUCAAUUUUUAAUAAACCAGUGUGGAAAA